ACGUCCAUCGGAAGUCGUCCGAAGCACCUAGCUGCCCUUCAAAGUUUAGGAUUCUACAAUCAUGGAAGAAGAAGCAGUCAAGAUACUGUUAGUUGGUGAUGAGAAAUGUGGAAAGACGUCGUUUCUCUCACGACUGAGCGCCGGCGAAGGCACCGGCCCCAUCAGAUUGCUCAGAGAUAUUGACCAACCCUUUAUUUUCGAGAUCAAGUUUUCUGGAAAACCGUACCGUCUAGAGUUUUAUGAUACAAAUAGCCCCGAGAACUGGAAGCUUCUCGAGCCGGACAUCGUCAUACUGUGUUACGACAUAAGCCAGCGACUGAGUCUCAUCAACAUGAGGAGACAUUGGCUACCAGAGGUCAAAAUGUCCUUCCGUAGGCCUGACCGCCUGCCCAUUCUCAUGCUGGGUCUCAAGAGAGACCUACGAUCCGAAGACGACCCAAACGGGAUCAUCUAUCCCCAAGAAGCAUACCAGCAGGCGCAGGAGAUUCGCAUAGACAAGUACAUGGAAUGCUCCGCCGUAACGGGCGAACUGCUUAAGCUGGCGUUUGAAGAGAUUGGUAAAACCGCAAUCAUGACGCGAAAGGCCGAGGGAGGACAGAGCGAGGGCGGUUGUGUCGCCAUGUGAGAUUCGUUGCCUUGUCAGGGCGACUCUGUUAUUCCACUCCAGGAAGAAGAGGACAAGUUAGGUAACUCAGUGCCG